AUGGCAGUGAAUGUCUGGUUGCGAAUGUUCUUUUACGGCCUUCAUGGGUUCUUUGACGAAAUACUUUUCACUUCAAUGUUAAACUUCGCUGAAUCAAACUUCAUAGACUGGAGUUUUCGAGGUCACUCAUCGCUGUGGUCAUUUUUUAUGUAUGGUUUCGGCAGCUUCAUCAUUGAACAGCUCUAUUUGCUUUGGAAGGACAAGCCAUUUUUGCCUAUGCCUGUACGAGGAUUCCUGUACGUUAUAUGGGUGUAUAUAUGGGAAUUCAGCUGUGGUAUGCUGCUUAGAUAUUUUAACGCCUGUCCAUGG